CAAUGUCAGAUUAAGAAAGAAGCAUAAAUCAAGAGAUGAACUCAAUAGAGGAAGAACCACCUACAAUGGAGAUGGACCAAACACCCAGAUCAAAUCAAGAAAGGGAUGGCUUUUUAACGACUCAAAAAGCAUGUUUCGAGUUAAAAAUUGGAAUGAAAGUUAAUAGUGAUCAAGAAGCUUAUGACAUGUACAAUGCAUAUGCAUUUGAUAUGGGUUUUAGCAUUCGGCGAGAUGAUUUAAGUUACAAAAGAGAUACGAAAGAAGUGAUUCGAUGUACUUAUGUGUGUUCAAAAGAGGGGUUCAGAGAAUUUAGUGAUCAUAGCGAAGAAAAGAAGUGUAACCGGUUAGAUAGUAGAUGUGGCUGCAGCGCACGGGUUAUUUUUAAAGUGGAAAAUGGUGUCUAUGAAAUCAGUCAGUUAGUGGCUGAGCAUAAUCACCCUUUGAUUGAAUCAGAUCAAAGACAUUUGCUAAGGUCUACACGUAAAAUACAUGAUACAAGUAAGGGUGUUAUCAAAUCCAUGGUUGAUGUUGGUAUAAGGGUGAGCAAAACUUAUGCAUACAUGUUAAAUAAAUCUGGUGGUUAUAAAAGUAUUGGGUACACGGAGACUGAUUGUCAUAAUUUUGUGCAAGUUGAACGAUCAAAGAGGAUUGAAGCUGGUGAUGGUCAGAGUGUAAUGAAUCAUUUCAAGCACAUCUAAUUAGAGAAUCCAAUGUUCUUUUACACCGUAAAAGUUGAUGAGGAAAAUCAAAUGAGUAAUUUUUUUGGAGAGAUGGGAUAUCCAAAUUGGAUUAUCAAUGCUUUGGGGAUGUUGUUGUCUUUGAGACUACCUAUCGGACAAACAAAUAUAACAUGAUCUGUACUCCAUUUGUAGGGGUGAAUCAUCAUCGAAAAAAUGUGUUAUUUGGUUGUGCAUUUUUGUCUGAUGAGACCACUGCUUCCUUUGUUUGGUUGUUUAAUGCAUUUCUCGAGUCCAUGGAUUACAAGGCACCGAAGAUAAUUUUCACUGAUCAAGAUCACGCAAUUGCUAAUGCGGUUGCACAAGUAUUUUCGAAUACACAACAUCGUUUAUGUGGGUGGCACAUCUCAAAAAAUGCUGCAGUGAACAUUUCUAGUCUCUAUCAACAAGAAGGAUUUAGGGACGCUCUUAACUUCUUGUUGUAUCAUUGUGAUAGUGAAAAGUUUUUUAAGGAGAAGUGGAAAGAAAUGAUUGACAAAUGGCAUUGUGCCGAUAAUGCUUGGCUUUUAAGAUUAUACACUCUUCGGCAAAAAUGGGCCCUCGCAUUUAGUCGUGAUGUGUUUUCAUGCAACAUAAGUUCUAGUCAAAGAAGUGAGAGCACAAAUAAUGUUUUCCAGCAUAUGGCACGUAAGACUUUGGCUCUACCUGAAUUUAUGGAUCACUAUGGAAAAAAUGCUAAAAAGAUGCGUGAGGUAGAGGUGAUCAAGGAUUUCAAGUGUGCUAGUGGAAACCCUUGUAUUUCAUCUCGUGAGUGUGCCAUUUUGAAGCAUGCAUGUAUGGUGUACACCCAUAAAAUGUUUGCUAAGUUUCAAGAUGAGUUCACCCAAACUACAUCUAUAUCGGUGCUUCGAUGCAUGCCCAAUGGGGCAUUCCAAACAUAUACGAUGAGAAGGCAAGGUGGUAAUAGAGAAUACAUUGUAGAGUUCAACCCUAUUGAUCGUUCGAUCUCUUGUUGUUGUAAAAGGUUUGAAUCCUUGGGAUUAUUGUGUUGCCAUGUAUUGCGAGUUUUGAAUUUGAAUGAUGUCAAUGAAAUUCCUGAACAAUAUAUCUUGAAGAGAUGGACGAAAGAUGUAAAGCAGGGUUAUGGCAUGAUGGAGAGGCAUGCUAAUUUAACACAAGAUAAGUGUGGCAAUUCAGCUAAAACAUUGCGCCUUAACAGGUUAAUGCGGAAAUCGUUUGCUCUUAUGAAUCUAUGUGUGAAUUCAGAGGAAAGUACUAAGAUUGCAGAACAAAACAUGGAUAAGACUUUCGAGGAAGUAAGAAUAUAUAAUGCAUCUUUAUGUGGAGAUACAAGUGAUGUUGGGGACACUUUUAUACCAGUUUCCAAUGUCCCAGUGAUGGAUCCUCUGCGGCAUAGACAAAAAGGACAAACUAAUGGUAGAAUGAAGGGUGCUCUAGAGAAGAGAAGGAAAAGGAAAACAUCUGGAAAUGUUAAUGAUAGUAAUCCUAUAGCAGACUUUCUAUUGGCAUCAAAUGUUAUGCAACCUCCAAGAUUCGCAACACCAAAUGACUUGCUCUCUGAAUACCCACAUGGUUAUUUUACGAGUAUGAUAUAGGGUUGCUUGUCAGAUAGCGAUGUUGAGGGAAUGCAAACGUCUCCAAAUAUCUAUAGUUUGGGUGAAGAUUAAGAAGAAUGUGUUUAAAAUAAUUUCAGGUUUUUGCAGCAGGUGGAAGGGAUUUUUACAACUGCCGGUGGUUCAAUUUUUUGUAACUAGUGGUUCUAAGAUACAAUGGGAGACAAUGCUAAAUAUAAACAUGUAGUGGACUUAUAGCUUUUUGUGAAUGGCGUAAAAUGUAGGUUAUGGAUACCUUGCUCCACCAUAUGUUUUUGAGUUAUGGGUGGGCUACAUGUAGUGGACUGGUAGCUUUUUGUGAAUGGUGUAAAAUGUAGGUUGUAUAUAACGCUGCUCCACCAUAUGUUUUUGAGUUAUGGGUGGGCAUGCAACUGGUGGUUCUUAGAGCUUGCCAUUUUCAUUUUUUGCUUAACUAUGGUUGUAUGAAAGUUAUUUGGCUCUGAAAUUAUGUAUAGAAACCAUUUGGAUAUGGAAAAGUC